GUAUGGUGUCCUGACUAUGCCACCAGCUCAGAAAUGCUGUAAAUCACAUAAAUCAUUCGGAGGAAUUGAAUGUCGACAUAACAAAUAUGAUUUAAAACUUUCAGAGCUACCAGACAGAUCCGUUCGUGCUGAUUCUCGACGAACUUCGCCUCCAGUAUGGAAGGAAGUGAAAGGUGCUGGCCAUUGCAGCUUUUAAUCUGGAUGGCUCCAAUUUCAACUUUCUUCACAUAAAACUUGCUUUAGUGACGCAUCAGGUGAUGGAGAGUGAGGCGAUAGAUGAAAGUUUGUCGCCGGUGCUCGACGCAAUCCGCCGCCGUAGAUUUUGCAACCGACUAAUGGCCGUCAUAUCGGAUUGAUGCCACGCCAAUUUGCUAGCAAAAGUGACCGCUGCCAGGGAGUUCCCUGUGCUGUGGGACAUGGUGUACCUACGGAAAAAUUUGGCGAAAUUCCAUCGCUUUGUAGACCGAGUGCUGGGCCCUCUUUAUAACUUCCAGUGCACUGCAGCAGAUUGGGACGACACGGCGUAUCCACCGGUGCACAAAGAUGUAAAGAGCCGCAUCCUCAGGGAGGUUCAAGAGGUGGAAAUGCUGGUUGGCUGUGUCUGCUCCUACCCGGCGACACCGUUCACCACAUUGAACAGGCUAACCAGCACGGACCUGGAGCUAUGGGGCAACUUCAUUGUAGGGAAGGUCGGUUGGAAAUCCGGAGCAAUCCAUAUAGAUUUUUGGCGAUAGUCGUGGGAGUGUCUGAGAUGGAUA